AUGCCUAUGAGAAGGAAAUCGUUUUGUACGCACACCACAAGAAACUUGAUUAUUUCAGUACCGGAAUGCAUAUACUCGCCUGAGGCGUUCCGGGGAAGCGCUCGGACUCUAAUCAAAGAUUUGGAAAAGAUACGGCCCAGCUCGAUCUUGGAUAUCGUUAAAAGCGGCGAAGAUAUGGCCGAGUUGGUGCCGCCAGAAAUCAGUGGCUCUGCCAGUUGCGCGUCUAAAAACGCGACUUCUGCGAAUGCCACAGAAGACUACUCAACAGGUGGAUGUGGAAGUCAGAAUGGAAGGACUGGUGGCAAUGAAAUGGCAGAGAUGGAGAAGCGACUGGCUGAAAACGAAAUAGCCGAGUCUCGCGAGACUGAAAUCACGCUUGCCCCCAUUACAAAGACCAAGAAACAGCAACUUGCACGAACCAGCCAUCGGAAUGGUUCAGGUAGCCAAAAGGCAGUGAAGGUUCAGACUAUGGGCCAGUGCGAACGCUGUGGUUAUCUUUCCAGUCAAAAGAUUUGCAAGGCCUGCACUUUACUGGAAGGCUUAAACAAAAGUCGGCCCCAAAUGUCGGUAGAAAUAGGUGUCGAGGAAGAAGAGGGCAGCUCUACUCUAAUGCGUCAGAUGGAACGGAUUCAAAUCUCCAGUGGCUGA